UCAGCGGCGGUCAAAGCCGAAUUGAAAAACUUAAAAUCUGAAUUAAAAAAAAAAAACCGAGCAUUAGCCAAGAUGGACCAGGAAAAAGUCCAGAAAGGAACUUUCUUGGCCACUAAUCAAUUAAUUAGCCAGGGUGCUGGUGUUAAAGAGCCCAAGAACGUUGUUUAUUACGAUCCAGACGAGAACCGUCAGGUCGAUGAUAAAGACCAAACUUACUCCUUAAUUGACCGCUUAACUGACGAAGCCGGGGACCAACUGAUUAAGCAAGAAAUUCGUAGCCAGGAUACGCAAAAGCAAAUUAAUAAUUUGAUUAACUCAUUAUCCACCCGGGAGGAAAUUUUAAUAACUCGUUUAUAUAAUAAAAUUAAACCCCGGAAUUUGAUUGAUAUUUAUUACUUAGCCGAAGAAGAAGAAAAAAGUGUUUUGCAAAAAGAACUAACAAAAGUAAUAAAUAGUAGAAAAAAAGUAAUCGAAGAAGAAAUAAAGGAACCAAAAAUAAUUGCGUUAGUAAAGGAAAAACAAGAAGGAAAAUGA